GGCCGCGGCGCCUCCGCCCGUUCUUGAGGAGCCCGCGCUGCGCGAGGCCCACCCCGCCUUCUUAGCCCAUCCACGCCCACCACGCCCAUCGACCUGACCCUGCCGAGUCUGGCCCGGCUCGAUUGAGCGCGGCGCAAGCAGGCAGCACUAGCCUCUGGAGCACAGACCCCUCCCCGAGGACAUGAAGCUGCUGGAGAACUCCAGCUUCGAGGCCAUCAACUCGCAGCUGACCGUGGAGACAGGAGAUGCACACAUCAUUGGCAGGAUUGAGAGCUACUCGUGUAAGAUGGCAGGUGACGACAAGCACAUGUUCAAGCAGUUCUGCCAGGAGGGCCAGCCACAUGUGCUGGAGGCACUGUCCCCACCCCAGACCUCAGGCCUCAGCCCCAGCAGACUGAGUAAGAGCCAAGGUGGCGAGGAUGAGGGCCCCCUCAGCGACAAGUGCAGCCGCAAGACCCUCUUCUACCUGAUUGCCACACUCAAUGAGUCCUUCCGGCCGGACUACGACUUCAGCACAGCCCGCAGCCAUGAGUUCAGCCGGGAGCCCAGCCUUAGCUGGGUGGUGAACGCAGUCAACUGCAGCCUGUUCUCGGCCGUUCGGGAGGACUUCAAGGCCCUGAAGCCGCAACUGUGGAACGCGGUGGAUGAGGAGAUCUGCCUGGCUGAAUGUGACAUCUACAGCUACAACCCAGACUUGGACUCGGACCCUUUCGGGGAAGAUGGCAGCCUCUGGUCCUUCAACUACUUCUUCUACAACAAGCGGCUGAAACGGAUUGUUUUCUUCAGCUGCCGCUCUAUCAGUGGAUCCACCUACACUCCCUCGGAGGCAGGCAACGAGCUGGACAUGGAGCUCGGGGAGGAAGAAGAGGAGGAGGAAGAGAGUGGAGGUGGAGGCAGCGAGGGUGGGCCUGAGGAGACGGGCGCUGUGGAGGAGGACAGGGUCCCGGUGAUCUGUAUGUGAAGAGGAGAAACAGAGGCCCUAGCUUCACCCAGCUUCGAACAGUGCCUGGACCUGCCCACCUGAGGGCCCAGGUCCCGGCGCUGCCACAGCACCAGCCCACCCCAGGCCAUGCCUGCCUAGCCCUUGGCUCUAGCCUGUGGCUGUCCACUCACCCCCACAGGCUGCUACUGCCCACACUAUGGCUGGACUAGACAGCACAGGGCCUGGUGGGAAGAGCCACUGCCCUGCUCACACGAACUGACACAGGCAGGGGCAGCUGGACCGCAGAGUUUAUUUUUGUAUUUUGUGUGGGGUCAGGCCUGGGCCUUCACACUCCAGCCUAAAGGGCCGGAGACCCAGCAAGUGGUCCCAGGGGUCAUCUGCCCACUUGUACCCCCCACCUUGCCCAUUGGGCAGCGUGCACUGAGUGUCACUUUGCUGCAACUGGUUUGUUUCCAAUAAAAGUUUCUGUGACUUA